AUGGCAGGCUGGGAUUUAUUUGGAUGGUUCAGGGACAUUCUAUCAUCCCUAGGAUUAUGGAACAAGCAUGGUAAGUUAUUGUUCUUAGGUUUAGACAAUGCUGGUAAGACUACCUUGUUACAUAUGUUGAAGAACGAUAGAUUAGCUACUUUGCAACCAACUUGGCACCCAACUUCUGAAGAAUUGGCGAUCGGUAAUAUCAAAUUCACCACUUUUGAUUUAGGUGGACAUUUGCAAGCACGUAGAUUGUGGAAGGAUUAUUUCCCAGAAGUUAAUGGUAUUGUGUUCCUAGUGGAUGCUGCUGACCCAGAGAGAUUUAACGAAGCACGUAUUGAAUUGGAUGCUUUGUUCCAAAUCAAGGAAUUGGACAACGUUCCAUUUGCUGUCUUGGGUAACAAGAUUGACUCUCCAAGUGCCGUUUCUGAAACUGAAUUGAGAGCUGCAUUGGGUUUGAUGAACACAACUGGAUAUACCAAAAUUGAAGGUCAAAGACCUAUCGAGUUGUUCAUGUGUUCCGUUGUCAUGAAGUCUGGUUACUCUGAAGCCUUCAAGUGGCUAUCUGAAUAUAUUUAA